GGAGUACUUCCUUCGGCAAGAGAGGUCACGUGUCCCCACCUGCAACGCUAGACCAGGAAGGCAAGGGGUCCCGCCCCGACGACACAGCUGAUGCGCACCGAAUGUACUGGGACCGGGGGAUUCACCACCACAAACUUGCUUCCAGGUCCCAGACGACUCUUCCUCCACACAACCACACACAACCACACUCCUCUCAACCACGCAAACCCAACCAUCCCAUACAAUCCUCUUCGCGCUGCACCUCGUGGACGAAACACAUUUUACGCUGUUUCAGUAGCCCGAGUCAUCCACAGACGACACAAACAUUUCGCAAUCGCGCAACCCACGAACAACGCACCACAACCACGAACCACCAACCACAUCCCUCGACUUUCCUGCACCGAAACUCUGCCCGAGUCUCGGUCAUCCAUCCACACUUCCAACCAGCUUCCCUCCGGCCACGGAACCCACGACGAAGCCCCACGCGACAAGUGACGAUUCCGCGAAUAUCGAAUAUUCCUCAACGACGAUCGCUCUUUUUUGCUGUCGUCGAUUCCCACAUUACCUGUCUGCUUUCUAAUACCUACCGAGCACGACUCGCCCCUCGACUCACAUCGCGAAGUGGGGAAAGCAAAGCCCUUUCGCGCAACAACCCUCAACGACCGCAUCGCACCCUCUUCCCUUGCCUUUAGGCACAUAUUCCAUAAAUACACACUCAAAUGGCGGAAGCACUCGCAGACAAGCUCAAGGCAACAAACUUGAGGUUUGUCCCCCUCCCCACCAACCUUCCAGGAACCCAUGGUCGAAGGCAUGUUGGACUGACUUUCGCAGCGAUGGCGCCGCAUCAGAUGACUGGAAGAAGAGCUUGAACCUGCCUGCUAGGGACAACAGACAGCAGACUGAGGUAUGUACGGGC